AUGUUACAGAUCAUGAAAGAAGCCGACAAAAGAAAGUCAACUUGGAGUAAGAUUGUUUUAUUCAUUAAAAAAAAUUGGUCCAGAAAUUCAUACGUUUUGCACGAUAUUCCCAAGGAUACUAUUGACAUCAGGUAUCGAGGGCCAAGUAAGAAAAUAAAAACGAUCAAUGCUCCAACAGCUGACAGUGAACGUCCUAAAAAAUUGAACAAUUACAACAUUAAUUACGAGAACAGCAAACGAGCGAACGUACCGACCCGCAAGGAACCUUUGUAUCACAAUUGCUAUCUAGAGGCCCCAGAUGGCGAAACACUCUGCACCUGCGACAGGAAAAAAGCCGAGUGGUACCUGAUGAAAGAAUUGGGGGUUAAGGUCAAGGAGGACCCGCUGACCAUCAGGCUGAAGUUUGAACCCUCCGGGCGAGCUUUGGGCCAGGUUGGAGAGUACUACACCCAGGUUAAGCUCAACCAGUGCGUUGUUUGUGGUACUGAGGACGAGUUUAUUAAGAAAAACGUUGUUCCGAGAGAGUACCGCAAAUAUUUUCCAUUGGUUAUGAAAUCUCACCAGUCACACGAUGUCCUUCUUCUUUGCCCGAGGUGUCACGAAAUCAGCAACAGGAGCGACCUCGCGAUGAGACAGUCAUUGGCUAAAAUGUGCAACGCGCCUCUGUCAAAGCCGUUGAUACUCAGGAAUGACCAGUACCAUCGCAAGCGCGAACUUAUGUCCGCCGUCAAGGUUCUGAGAGACAACAAUCCUUCGAUUCCGCGUCACCGAAGAAAAGAACUGGAGUCACGAGUCCUAGAAUUCACUGGAUACGACAAAAUAACGCCUGAGGUCACUGAUAUUGUUCAUCAGAAACUUAUGAGUGAUAGUACCUCAUCUAUUCAUCAAGUUUCUAAACCUCUUCACGGCCUCAAGGUUGUAGAAUAUUUCACAAAGUCUGAAAAAGGUCUAGUGGAACUGGAGCGUUUGUGGCGUGAGCAUUUUUUAAAAACAAUGGAACCUAAGUACUUACCGAAAUUAUGGUCAGUGCACCACAAUCAAGAGAGGUUAGAGAUUCGUGUAGCUCAAAAUCGAAUCGAACCUCAAGAUGCCAAACUCGCUGGGCUUCGAUAG